AUGGCUCAAGAAAACGAGUCGCUGCAUCCAGAGAUGCAGGAUAGCCUCAAUCUGGGGGAAGGGCCAAUAGAGGUGGACGUGGCACCUGUUGGACAACUCCCUGGCCUUGCUGCUGAUGGGGGAGCUCUAAGCGGCGUCACCAUCAAUGAGGUUGACGAGGCGGAGAUGGCGCGUAUCACGGCAGCAAUUGGUCAACCAGAAAUUCUGGAUGAUUUAGUGCCUCCAGCGACGCUGGGCACUGUUACGGUGCAGCAGGUACCGGCGUCGAGGGCGGCCGCGGCAGCUGCUGCUGCGGCACAGCAGCAGGUUGCGGCGUUGCAGCAGCAACAACUGCAGCAGCAACAGGCUGUUGCGGCUGCAGCCCAGCAGUUGAGGCAGCAGCAGCAACAGCAUGGGAGCGCUGCUUUGUCGUCGGCUGCGGGGGCAGCCCCGCGUGCGGUGCCAACGGGACAGAAUGAAAGAUGGCGCUUGUACUUACCCCACGUGGAGAGGUUGCUCGAUGCGGAGGGUAUUUUGUUGCUGCGGCAGACCUGUCGCCUGCUCUGCAAGCACAAGUAUCGACCUGCGGAUGGGGUGUUGUCUUUCGGAAUGUUUCGAGGAGUUGACGCACGCAUCUUGAUGGAGCAGGUGGUGCCGCUGGCUUGCAAAGCUGUGCACCCAGAGGUACGGGCUGCGGGUCUUUCUCUUGACUUCAGUGGUUGCUCUCUCCUGAAAGAUGCAUCUGUAGCUCGAUUGAUGGACGUGCUGCACGGCCGGAAGGAAGACAACAUUAUCGGCGGAGUUCUUAAGAGCCUCUGCCUUGAUUUUUGCUAUGAAGUGACAAAUAAGGGAUUGGCGGCACUGCUGACUACACACCUCCCUUAUUUGGAACGACUCUCGCUCCGAUGCGCAAGGAGCAAUGAAUUGACCUUCACAAACGUAGCCACGGACUUCUCAGCAGACAACUGGCCCAAUUUGCUGCAUUUUGACGCGUCGUUCACUAACAUGAGACUGGACGCAGCUACGGUCUUAGCCGAUUGCCUCUUGGGGAAUGCAGCGGCAGUUAACAAGCGGCACAGGAAGGACUACGAGAGAAAGCUUCAGGAGGAGAAGCAACUGCGCCGGCUGUUACAUCAGCAGGAGAAGGAACACGUGCAGCACAUGGAACAAGCGAGGUCUCUGAAGGAGCAGCACGCUGCAGUUGCGGAGAGGCUGCAACAGCAGCAGGCACUGCUAGAGGAGAAGGAAAGGGCAUUGGAGAAUCAGCUGCAGCUGGAACCGAUUCAAGUUGACGGCGAAGCUCCAAGCGAUCAGCCAGAGGAUCCUGAACAGUGCGCUGUGCGGGCACAGCGAGAGCUCGUGUUGCGCCUGCGGCAACAGCUGGAGUCGCUUGCGGCAGCAGUGGCAGCAGGGGAGGGAGCCGCAGUGGCAUGCCAAACUGCCAUUGAGCACACAACAGCAGCUGCUGAUGCAGCGGGUCUUGCUGCAGCUGAAAGCCUCGCAGCUGCUGAGGAGGAGGAAAAGCACCCCGUUGUGGCAUCGCUCGAAAUUGUGGGUUCUCUUGCAUCCAAGUGCCUCCUUUCAAAGGUUGGGAUGGAGACGCACUACCGCUCUUUCUGUCAUGCAGUGAAGCUCGGUCUGCAUGAUCAGAUCUCAUCGCUGACGAAGGUUGUGCAGAAAGAGUUUACGGAACUAUGUGCCUCGGCUCCUUACCGGGGCAGCUCGCUGCUAACGCUUCAAGCGAAGCGUGGCAGCGAGCUGCUGGUCAAUGCGCCAUUUGUUGUGGACACGUCAGAAGAUGGCGGAGUCAAUGUGCUUACGCUUCCUGUCUCGAUUGCCAUACAAACUCAGGACCAGGAAACUUUGAAAGUGCUGAUUAAACGAGGAGCGCAAAUCGACGUGUGUGAUUAUUUGGGAAAGUCACCGCUCCUGCGGGCCUGUGAAGCAUCGCGACUAGAUCUUGUGGAGGCGCUUCUUGACCUCGGCGUUUCCCCGAAUCCGCAUGAUCUUCGCUGUGCCCACUUUCCGCUGCAAACGGCAAUCCGGCGCAAUGACGCGGAGAUAGUCAAGCGUUUGCUUGCUCGAGGCGCGGCGCUGGAUGUGAAGUGCCCAGGAGUACGCACGUAUAAGAGCGCUCUGUGUGUAGCUUGUGAGGUCAAUUCGCCAGAGAUCAUUAGUAUCAUCUUGAAGGCUGGAGGGGACCCGAACUCCCGUGGCCAUAAUUCGUACACACCUACAUUGAUGGCAUAUCAGUUGAACCCGAAGUGGCUGCCUCUCUUCCUGGAAGCUGGUGCAGGCGCCGAGAAGGGGAAGAGAUGGGUAUUGACCGAUGUGCUGAGUUGCGCUGUGGCGAAAAAUGACGUUGAGAGCAUUGGUUUAUUGAUUGACAAGUACCCAGACCUCAUGAACCGCACGCAUCCGCUGUGGUCCAAGCCUCUUCUACAGGCUGCAAAACAGGGACGUGUCCAGGUGCUGGAACUGCUGCUCGCUAGUGGAUGCAACGUGGAUGCUCGAGGCGAGGGCGGCCAGACGGCCUUAUUGGCUGCAACAGAGGAAGGACUAGGGAGUUGUGUUGAGCGUUUGAUUGACCACGGUGCAGAUGUCAACAAAGCCAACUUUGAAGGAAUGACUCCGCUGAUUGUAGCAUGCAUGGAAAACCACGAAGACAUGGUCAAUUAUUUCUUAGAUCAUACGCAAGAGCCGUACAGAGUGAAGGUGCACCCGAACAGUCUUCAGCAACAGCCGCAUCUGCAGGUAGUGGAAAACGCUCAAGGGGAGAAGGCGUGUGAAGGAAAGUGGAUCCUCGCAACGCAAACUCAAGUCCUUGAUUGCAACAAAGCGGAAAAAACUGAGGGGGAGACCCCUUUGCUUGUGUGCAUUCGACUGAGAAACGACAAAAUUGCCAAAACUAUCUUGAAAAAAGCCAAGUCCAUCGAUCUGGAAGCAAAGGAUUCGCAAGGGCGCACUGCGUUGCUUGCUGCUUUAUUUUUUGGCCAGUAUUCUGUGGCUGCAACGCUGAUGGAAAUGGGGGCGGACGUAAUGACCCAAGAUGAAGCUGGGAACACAGCAUUAGCCAUCGCGAAUGAGCGGUUGCUGACCCCCGGCAGCGACAAGCGCGUUUUGCGUCGAUUCCUGCGUCUGUACCGGAGCCGAGACACGUCACGACGCCAUGCAUCUUCUAGUGGUAUGCUGCAGUCGAUGUUGAGUGCGCUGCGGGAUGAGGGGGGCAGCAGCUCCCACGUGGAGUCUGACUCUGGGAGCGGAGGAGAGGGCGCUCGUUUUUUUCGCAAGAAAAGCGUGAGCCGCAGCAGUAGCAGAGGCAAGCAGAAUGGCCUCGAUGGGGCCGAUCCGAGAGUCUCACGGAGUGAUGGAGAGGUUCAUGGCACGUCAACAGCGGGCCAUAGUCGGGGUGCCGCCGCGAGUCCGUCGAGCAGCAGCAGGAAGCGCUCCGGAAAGAAACUUAAGAUUGAGCCCAAGACAGUUCUGCAAGUUGCGAAGCUGCCGAUGUCCCUUUUUCGAGCGGCCAAGGCGAAAUGA